AUGCGGCCGUUCGUGCAUGGUCGGAGAGGCUACAAUCAGAGAGAGGGGAUAGCUUGGCAGAAGGAUGAAAGAAAGAGGGUUGAUAUAUUUGCCUUAAGCAUCUACGGAUUAGUGAUAUUUCCUAAGGCUUUGAGGCACGUAGACGAGGCGGUCAUUGACUUGUUUGAUCGCCUUGAAAAGGGAAUCACACCGGUACCGGCAAUAUUGGCAGAAACAUUCAGAUCUUUGAGCUCAUGUCGGAAGACAGGGUUCUUCCCCGUUGAAAGAAGAGGCAGCUAUACAGAGGAGAGAGGAUAUCUUAGAGACAUUCUUCAAAACCUCAAGGAGGGGGAUAUCAAGUGGAGAGCUUAUUGGAUGGUUCCUGACGAGAUCAUGUACCGAUGUGGUAGCUUUGAUUGGGUGCCAUUGUUAGGAAUUUGGGGAGCUACUGGGUAUACUCCGCUGUUAGCCUUGAGGCAAUAUAAGUCAAGGCAGUUUGUACCCACGACCUAUGGGCUUGCUCAGAGUGAAUUCUCAUUUAAAGGUGCUCAUUAUAAGAAGAGAAUUCAGGAGUUAUCGGAUGCUUGGAAGCAAACUUGUUGGAUAAAGAGGUUAGCCAUCGGUUCCAUGGUAACGCCUAAGUAUAGCAAGUGGUUUAAGAAGAGGAUUAAUGAUAAUAUUCCUAGGCCAAGCUUGGAGAAUGCUCAACCUAUCGAGGAACAAUUACAAGUCGCCCCAUCAGAAUUGGAAAUUAUAAGGCAAGAUUUUGAGAAGAAGAGUUCAGAGCUCGGGAAGAAGAUAGAACAGUUAGAAGAAGAGAAGAUGCAUCUAAGAUUAGACGCUGAUGUUCAGAGGUCAGAGGCUGAGAAAUGGAGAAAAGGAAAAACUAAGGCCGAAGAAGACCUAAACAGCUUGAAGACAGACUACAAGAAGCUGCGCCUAUCUAUGAGGACUGCGGGUUUAGGUAAGACUUCCGAACAAUGGCGCCACGAAAUUCGAGAAGAAAAAGCCAAUACCGAUCGAUGGGAAAGAAAAUUUCGAGAAGUUCAGGCACGAAAAGAAGAUUUGGAGAAGAGUCUGUCGGAGAGCAGAAACGAGUGA